UCGCUUGGUGUUGUGUGAGUCCAGCUCCCGGAGCGAAACAGCUAACGUUCGGCGGUCGUGCAACUGCCAAAAGGCAUAAUGGAGGUGUCCAAGAUUGGUUUUACUCUUACGCUGCUGAUGGCCGCCGCCGGGUCGGUCCGAGCUCUGCCGGCCAACACCGCCGCGAUGCAGGGUUGGCCCGCCUGGGGCAGUGUUCAGAACCCCACGGCUGUCCAAGCCCCAGAGGUGAACAGGGCUGGUAGCAGCUCGAUUGGCAUCGGAGACGGCUGUGGCAGCGGCCCGCGGGGCGAGUGCGUGGGCACGUGCUGCACGCGGCUGGGCGACGGCGCCGCCAGGUGCCCGGGUACGCUCGUGUUUGUGGCGGACGCCGGCGCGUGCGUCGACUGUUUGUUCCAGCCGCACCCGAGCUGCCCUCGCCUUGCGGCCGGUGUUGGGAGACUGUUCGGCGGGCGGUAGUCGAGUUCUGUUGCGUUUCGAGCGCUGGUCCUCCCGGACCGCCGUCCAUGUGCUAGGUGUAGCGAUGUUUGACAGAUCGGCUCUCCGAAGUAGCAAAUGGCCGACAAUGAUUUAAACCGAUAUGUAAUAAAAUAACGCAUAUUUCAUAUUCACGGAUUACGCAAGGAGCCAGUGUCACAAUGUGUGUUCGCGUGUUUGGUUGUGAGUCAUAUGCAGUGAAAUGAGAAAGUUGUUUGUUGCCCUAUAA